UCGGAAGUGACGUGACUCGCCUCACCGGAAGUAUCACCCCGGCAACCGGGGACGCGUCAAGGGUUGAGGGCCGGCCAUGGCGAGGGCCCCGCAUUGCGAACUGUGCGGAGCCCGACCGGCCAGGCUUCGCUGCCCCGACUGCCGCCUCACCUACUACUGUGAUGUCUCCCACCAGAAAACCGACUGGAUCAGCAUCCACAGCCGUAUCUGCCAGCUGCUCAUCCCAGUCCUUGGGCCCCAGCCCUGUUUCCAUUCUGAAGAAGACAGAAAACAUGGCAAGGAGGAGCUGCUGAGGAGGCAGGAAUCCCUCAUUGCUCUGGCGCUGAGCACAGCCCAGGGAUUUGUGUGGGCAGGGAAGCCCCUGGAAGCAAUUCCUGCAGCCCUGCAGGCGCUGUGCUUCAGCUCCCAGCUGUUCGGCUCUGGCUCCGUGCAGCUCGUGCCCAUUUAUCUGCUCCUGGCUGAGGCCUCCACGGGCACUGGCCAUCUCCGACAGGCAGCCAAGUAUCUCUCCCAAGCCCAGUGGAUCGUCCUCCAAACCCCAGACUGCAGUGCUGCUCUUCAGUCUAAGUUACACCGUGGGCUGGGGCUUUUCUUUAUUGCUGAAGGAAACCUGGACCAGGCUUUGUAUCACCUGGCCAAUGAUGUUUACCUGGCUACUGCUGAAUUUGGACUGAAUUCUGUUGAGGUCUCUGGAGGGUACUUAAACAUGGCCAACAUCUUCUUCCACCAGAAUAAAAUGGAUGCAGCAAACUCACUCUAUACUGAGGUGAGCAGCCUCUGGCAUGACUGGCUGCUGAGCUCCCUUCAAGGGCGUCGGCGAAUGCUCCCGGCCCAGGCAGAAGCAUCGCCGUUCUCCAAGGAUGAGGAGGGCAUUGAGGACGGGAUGACCAAAGCCCAGCGUGAGGAAGGAACGCGGGUGCUGUGUGCAGUGCUGAAGGUCCGAGAACAGGGACCACUGCAGGAUCCCAGGGAAACAGCCAGAGUCCUGCAUGCCCUGGCCAUGAUCCACUACCUGGGCCUGGAUUUAGCCAAGGUGCUCAUGGCAUGACCAAGGCUCCGUCCUGGGCAAGGGGAGCAGGUUUGGGAUCCACAGGGCAGCACAGCUCCAGCCUGAUCCUGCCCCCCACCCCGUGAUCCCAGCCCAGGCUGCUCCAGGCAAUUAAAAUCUGGUCGUACACCCAGAGCAGGUAUUUUGCAACCAGGUGAGUUGUUCUCGUGGAACAACUUUGGUGGAAAAGCUUUGCAAGAACACGCACUCCCAAACCCCCCACUCCUGGCAGGGUAGGGGAAGUCCGGCUCCAAGAAAUAAAUGCAUAGGACAUGGGGGCUGGGUGGCUGCUCACAUUCUCCUUUAUUGUUCACACCACACACCUUCCCCUUGGCACUUCACUGCAGCGAUCUGCUUAAAAACACACACACACACACCCACAGCUUGGCGCAGCUGUGCCACAACCAGCUGAAAAUGGGCAUUUUUAAAGAGAUUCAUUUUACUCCCUCCCCCCUUUACUUUCUUUCACGAGUGGUCAAGUGUCAUCACUCCCAAACCAAACAAACAAACUUUAAAAAAGAUACUAUUAAAAAAAAAAAAAAAAAAAAAAAAAAAAAAAAAAAAAAAGCGCCUGUGGCUUUGGGAAUGUGCCAGGAGCUCCCACACCAGCUGCACUCAGGGAAAUGGGGUUUUUUGUAUGUGUUUUCAGUUUUGUUUGAAAAGGACAGUAUUUCUCAUCUGUAUUUUUUUAAUAUACUACAGCCUGAAAUUCAGUGCAAUAGAUACAACUACAGUGCAGAACUAUACAAAAGUCAUCCUAACCAUGUACAAGCUUUUUUUUCUUAGUUGCUAUAGAAACUAUAACCUUUUUCUGUACCUUUUGUAUGCAUUAUACAGUGUGAAUAUACUCCGAGAAUAUUUACAGUACUUGGCUUGUCAAAUCAGAAAUGCUAUAACUUAAAUGUCUACUAUUAACAACCAUUGAACAAAAAUAUAUAUAAUAUAAAUAUCUUCCAGUCUAUACACAGAGCAGGAAACGGCUGUAUCCAUGCGGUGCUGGAUUUUGGUGAGUCCCGGGAUGGGGGUGGUGAUGGAGGGGGAUGUCGUGUGCGGCUGCCGCUGGCGCUUCACUGUCGGGCAAAUAUUGCCGAGAUUAAUCCCAAAAUUCAAAAAGAACAUAUCCCCCCUCUCCCAUUUUCCCCUCCCAGCUGGAAUUCAGGUAAAAGGAGAGAAGCCUGCAACAAUGGAUUGACCUUUCCAACUGAUCCAUCCGGACGGCUCCGUCCUCCACGCUGCCCCAGGCGGGAGGUCCCCGUCCAUGAACCCACCGCAGGGCUUGAAAUCAAGGAGACUUGAAAAAAUGACUCAUUUGCGUGGUAGUUUUUUUUUUUUAAAAAUAUUAGAUUUAGUCAAUUUAUGUGAUUUUUUU